AAUAAUAUGGCUCUGUAUCUUCUAUCCCUUGCGAUCCAGCGAUAACAGGGAGCCUGCAAGUUUGAAGCUGCGAAAUAUUUUGCAAACUGAAGACUGACUGGCAACAUCACCCCCUAAGAUAUUUUCCUUAGGAAUACGUUUGUGUCGGCUCUUUUAGCUUUGGCAAACAUCAAACGACGCGUCUCGACGCGACUCUGCACUUGGCGAACGUGUUGCGUGACGCCAUCAAACUCAUGGCGAGAGGCGUCCAACGCUUAACAGCCGCAUCCAGCAGCGUCGCCGCCGCCGGCUGCAGCUCGUGCUGGCGCAGUCACUGCCUCACAGGCCGAGGACAUUACUCGCGCUUUCACUGGCACCACCGAAUCUCAGGCGGGGCGGCGGCGCCCGGCUGCGGACGGCUACUGCCGCCACCGGCCCUACUACAGCCCAUUAGCCCUGCAUUGGCGCCUGCAGCAGCAGCGGCGGCGGCGGCGGGGGCUCCUGGUGACAGCGGCGGCGGCGGUUGUCCCUCCUGGGAGAAUGACGACGGCGCCACGGGCUCCGGAACCUCUGUCGACGACGCGGGCAGUAUGGACAGCGUUGACGGCAGCAGCAGUAGCAGUAGCCCCGGCCGCCGCGGCGCUGCUGUGCUGACGACACGAGACGAGGACACCAUUGCCGCGAUCGUCAGUGGCAUGGCCCAUGGGUCGGUCGCUAUCAUCCGUGUCUCUGGUACGGAUGCCGUAUCCAUCGCCUCCCGUGUGUUUCGCCCCGGCGGCCGUUUUCGCUUCGGAUGGCAACCCAAGUCCCACAGAGUCUACUACGGUACGGCUGUGGAUGGCGACGAGAGCCUAUUGGACGAGGUACUGUUACUGGCGAUGUUAUCCCCGCGGUCAUACACCGCCGAGGAUGUGGUGGAGGUGCACUGUCACGGGGGCGGGGUGUGCGGCGGCAGGGUGCUCAGGGCGCUCAUAGAGGCGGGUGCGAGGCUGGCCAAGCCGGGGGAGUUCACGCUGCGGGCCUUCCUCAACGGUCGGCUCGAUCUGGCGCAGGCGGAAGCGGUUUCGGAGCUGCUAACCGCCCGUACCCCCGCAGCGGCUGACAGCGCGCUGGCGGGCCUCCGGGGGGGGUUGGGAGGAGUGGUUUCGGAGCUGCGAUCCCAAUGUCUAGAUGUACUGGCGGAGCUGGAAGCUAGGUUGGACUUUGACGAGGAUCUUACACAAAUUGAUAUUCCGGAGCUGAAGAGAAAGGUUGAACGAAUACAGGCGGGCAUCGAGCGAGCUCUACGAACCGCCCGUGCAGGGACUCUCCUACGAAAUGGCCUGCAGGUCGCCAUUGUUGGGCGGCCCAACGUGGGGAAGAGCUCGUUGCUGAACGCAUGGACGAACAGCGACCGGGCCAUCGUGACCGAGGUGGCGGGUACCACCCGAGAUGUCCUGGAGGCGACGUUGUCGAUUGGGGGCGUGCCGGUCACGUUGCUGGAUACGGCAGGAAUACGGCAAUCGAACGACGUCGUGGAGCGGAUAGGGGUCGAGCGGUCGCAAGCCGCAGCUGCCGCGGCUGACAUCGUGAUCAUGGUGGUAGAUGGUGCCGCCGGCUGGACAGACGCCGAUUCCGACAUCUUCAAGGCGCUGUGGGGAGAUGGACCAGGCAGCAGCACCUGCAAGGUAGGGAGGCUCUCUCUUCAGCAGCAGUUGCUGUUGCCGCUGGUGGCGCGUGAUACUUUUGCUGCUGUGGUACGAACAAGCGCCUCACAGCGCCGAGGUUUAGAGGAAUUGGACGCUGCGCUGCUGCAGCUGGCGGGCGCCCCAAAGUUGGCGUCUGGGGGCGUGUCCUGGUCCAUCAACGAGCGUCAAGGGGAGGCGCUGGUGCGGAGCCACGAGGCUCUGAUGCGGUUAACGGAGAGCAUCGCAGCUGAUCUACCGCUGGACUUUUGGACGAUUGAUCUGCGGUCGGCUCUUCUCGCGCUGGGAGAAGUGAGCGGCGACGAGGUGGCAGAGGAGGUCCUGGACACAGUGUUCAGCCGCUUUUGCAUCGGAAAGUAGAUCUUGUCGACAAUUUUUCAUGCCAGCAUAUGAUACGGCCUAAUCAAUAUAGGUGUGGAGUAGUGUUUUUUAUGUCUCAUGUGCUUACAUCGUCUUCCGAUUUGCAAGAGCGCGGCGGUAGAACUGUAUCCGGCAUGAUGAUAUUCGACCUGAGGAAGCACAGGACUUUGCCCGAGAUCAAACACGAAGUGACAAAAGACAAACAUGUUGCGAUAAAGUGCAAAGUUGUGAAGCGAUGGCUGGCUAUGCACUUAGGAUUUUCAAUGUUCCAAUGCUUUGCCAGUUCAGCUCGGUGCCAGGUAAUUAAAGAUUCCCAAAUAAUAUCCAGACUGUCUAAGGCUGUUCGUUAUUAUAUAGCAUACAACGU